AUGUUGCGGGUCGUGUUGGCCUUCGGGCUGGGCGCGGCGCUCGAGGUGCUGCUGGGCUGGCUGCUGAAGCGUCGGCGGGCGUCGUUGUCGACGGCGAGCGAGGUCAUCUUCUUCCCCUCGAGGGUGACUUGCACGGAGGAACUGCUGGCCGGGGCGCCCUGCGUGUGCCCGCUGCCGCACGGCGAGAGCGCGCUAGGCCGCCUGCUGGUGCGCGUGCUGGAGGCGCGGCGCUCGCUCGACCUCUGCCUCUUCGCCUUCUCCAGCCCGCAGCUCGGCCGCGCCGUCCUCCUCCUGCACAGCCGCGGCGUCCGUAUCCGGCUCGUCGUCGACGCCGAUUACAUGGCGCUACGCGGCUCGCAGGUCGGGCCGCUGAGGAGAGCCGGGAUUCCAGUACGCCACGAUCAGGACCAGGGCUACAUGCACCAUAAGUUUGCCAUCGUGGACAAGAAGGUGCUGAUCACGGGCUCUUUGAACUGGACCACCCAAGCAAUCCAGACCAACCAAGAGAACGUCUUGGUGGUGGAAGACCAGGCCGUGGUGAACAUUUUUCUUGAAGAAUUUGAAAAGAUUUGGGAAAACUACAAUCCUGCCAAUUAUACAUUUUUUUCUAAACAUGAGAAAACUGGGAUUGAAAAUGCACAGAGUUAAUUCUGGGACAUAAAUAUAGCAUGGCAAAAAAAAAAAAACCAAAACCAUUUGGGAGCAUUUAGUUCAAAAUUUCUUGUGUUAUUUGAGAACGACAUAAUUAUCUUAAAAGAUAAGCAGCAAAUCGGGAAAUACACAAGCAGUGUACUCUUUAGGUGUUCAGUAAGUUUACUUUCCAAGGAAUAGAACUUGAUAUAGGCUUUAUUGAGAAGGGAUAUAAAGCUGAAUUAUUGCAGAACCGAAUGCAAAUUGUCUACUUAUCUUUAUAAUUAUAUUCUGCAUUGAAAGAGAGAAAAGGCUCAGGAAGGCCUCAGAACAACUGUCUGCUUUUAUUUUCCAAAAGAGCCGUGAAGUUGAGAGUGCUGAGUUUCUGUUAUGCAUUGUUUGAUUUGAACCCUGGAACAUAUGAACUUGGCAGCAGAAAGUGGAGAGGGGCAGAACCAUCGCCCUGCAGGUUGUAUUGCACUAAGAGGCAACAUCCAGCCAUAAGUAUGAUCCCAGUUUAAAUAUUUCUCUGUGUCAAAGGAAAUUAGGACUGGUUGGAUUUAACUCUUGCUGUUAACUGUAUUACCAAUGAGAAAGAUUGCAAGAGAAUUCUUGGAAGAAAUGGAGGUAACUAUUAAUGCAUGAACACCUUGUCAGGUCUUGUUUGUGUAGUUUUUUUUUCUUCCAAUGAUUAAAGCUGUAGUUCCAGAGAGCAAGUGUGAAUGGAAUUGUAAUAUUUUGGGACUCUUUUAACACCCGAGUUAUGAAGUAGCUACCCUUACCUUUAAGAGGCUCUGGAGUCGGGCAGUUUAAUCAAUAUUUUUAUUUUUGCUAUUUCCAUUUCUCUUUUUUUUUGCCAUGCUUGGAACGGUUCAGCAACGUAUACUCAGUUACACUUAUUAGCAAUUGU